AUGAAUUUUAAAUAAAUCGAUUAGCAAACUUAAAGUCCCGUUGGUUUAGAGGGAUUUGAAAAUAGACCUGCGUUCAAUAGUUGUGGUCAAACGCUACUUCCAUCAAAGUAGCAUAAAGUAUAAAUUUAGGGCCACAGAGGAGGUUUCAAGCCAGAAAAUACAAUGGCAAGUUUUCAAUAAGCUGUUUAGCAUGGGAUUGAUGCAAUUGAGCUAGAUGUUUGGAUGACCAGAGACAAUCAUCUUAUAAUAAUUCAUGGUGGAGAUAACGGAGAAUUAAAUCAUCACUUUGAUUUACCUCAAAUCGAGUACAUUUUUGAAAAAAGUUAUGAAGAGAUGCAAGGUUAUGACGUCGGUGAUGGAUAUAGAGUACCUACAUUAGCCCAGGUGUUUGACCUAAUAAAUAAGUAAAUGCUUGUUAAUAUCGAAGUAAAAGCACCUCAUGAGGAUGAAGUGAAAGCAAAGUAUGAUUUUAAGAAGUGCAUCUCUUAAGUAUACGAACUAAUAAAAAAUUAUGACGCAUUUACUCACUACACGGUGUCCUCAUUUGACGGUGAUAUAUUAUCAGAGCUCGAGGCUUUGAAUCAAUUGAACUAAGUUGAGGUCAGAUAUUUUCAAUUAUACAACUUUUAUGAGCACUAUGAACUUCCUGAUCCAGCACUUUACACUAAAUAUGGUCAUGGAAUCAACAUAUCCUCAACUAAAUUAAACAAAGAAGUUAUUAGAAACUGCCAUAAUAAAGGCAAAUUGGUUGGAGUGUGGGUGAAUAAAGAGGCAUUUGUUGAAGAUGAUAAAUUCUAUGAAUAUGCGAUAUAUCUUGAAGUUGAUUUUAUUUGCACAGAUUAUCCCUUGGAAGCAAUUAAAAUCAGAGAGAAGGUUCAAAAUUAAUAAUAGUUGUCAUCUCACUCAUUAGAAAGUUUCUCAUCAUUCAAAAUUCUAUCCAGGUAAAAUAAAUUUAUCCAUUUUACUCUAAAUAGCAACGAAAAUAAGUUGAACUUAUUCUAAACUGAUGGUCAAAAUGAUGGAAUGAGCAGUGCAAAUACUUAAUUUUCAGACUCAGAGAAAUCAGGGUUUAACAGUGACAAUGUUUAAUUCAAACUUGAUCUUGAGGAUAAUCAAAAAUACUUCGAUGAGGAAAAUGUAAAUCCUAUUGCUAAAAUAGCUAGCAACUAGGAGAUUUAAGUUUCUCAAUGA